CAAAACAAAAAUGGCAGACGUUAUCUAGUGUGCUCUAAUAUUGUUCGUAUGAAUUCUAAUCCAAAAUUUCUCUGGUACUGGGGAAGAAGCAGCAGUCUAAGUAAUAAGAAAAGCAAGAGAGGGGUGGGGCGAGGAUGGGUGCCAUCAGCGAUCCGAACCCGGAGGGUUCAGACGAGCAGCAGAAACGAUCGGAGAUAUACACGUACGAGGCCCCGUGGCACAUCUACGCCAUGAACUGGAGCGUCCGCCGAGACAAGAAGUACCGCCUCGCCAUCGCCAGCCUGCUCGAGCAGUAUCCCAACCGACUCGAGAUCGUCCAGCUCGACGACUCCAACGGCGAGAUCCGCUCCGACCCGAAUCUAUCUUUCGACCAUCCCUAUCCCCCCACCAAGACAAUCUUCAUUCCUGACAAGGAGUGCCAGAAGCCCGACCUUCUCGCCACCUCCUCCGACUUCCUACGCAUUUGGCGCAUCUCCGACGAUCACUCCCGCGUCGAACUCAAGUCUCUCCUUAACGGCAACAAGAACAGCGAGUUCUGCGGUCCGCUCACCUCCUUCGAUUGGAACGAGGCGGAGCCCAAGCGUAUCGGCACUUCCUCCAUCGACACUACCUGCACUAUCUGGGACAUCGAGCGGGAGACUGUCGACACCCAGCUUAUCGCCCAUGACAAGGAGGUUUAUGAUAUCGCCUGGGGCGGCGUUGGUGUUUUUGCUUCUGUCUCCGCCGACGGUUCCGUUAGGGUUUUCGACCUGCGCGACAAGGAGCACUCCACCAUCAUUUAUGAGAGCUCGGAGCCCGAUACCCCGCUUGUCCGGUUGGGGUGGAAUAAGCAGGACCCUAGAUUCAUGGCCACCAUCAUAAUGGACAGCGCCAAGGUGGUUGUGCUGGAUAUCCGCUUCCCCACACUGCCAGUAGUUGAGCUUCAGAGGCAUCAGGCAAGCGUCAACGCCAUCGCCUGGGCUCCUCACAGCUCCUGCCAUAUUUGCACCGCCGGGGAUGAUUCCCAGGCCUUGAUUUGGGAUUUGUCUUCCAUGGGUCAGCCUGUGGAGGGCGGGCUUGAUCCCAUUCUUGCCUACACCGCUGGGGCUGAAAUCGAGCAGUUGCAGUGGUCUUCUUCCCAGCCUGAUUGGGUUGCCAUCGCCUUCUCCACCAAGCUUCAGAUUCUCAGGGUGUGUUGAAUAAUGGGGGAUGGUGAUGGAAGUACUCCUGGCUGCAACAUGUCUGAGGCAGAGGAGCAGCAGCAGCAGCAAGUGCAUAUGAAGGCACUCCAUAGCAUGGUAAUGGUAUGGUUAACGCAUAUUGUGUACCAUUGCUCCUUACAUCACCCAUAAUUUCUGGCAGUUUGUAUCCGAUCACUUCUGGAUAAGCCGGAAAGGGAAAAGGAUUUCCCAUCUGAAUCAGCUCUGUCUCAUCUUUCUUCUUUGAACUUUUCUCAGCACCUUCAUCCUUGCUUCCAUUGCCACAUGAUGAGUCUGAUGCGGGUUUUGCUUGCUCACGCUGACAAUCACUCUUAUCGGUUUUCGAUUUUUUUUCCUUCUCUUUUGCUACUGCAGGCAUUGUUUCUCCUUGGUUUCCCUUUGCUGCACCAUUCUGAUUCCCAUGUCUUCGUACUUCUGCUUGUUUUCCCACUUUGGAAAGCCUUUUCGUCAGAACUUGUGGAUCCACAUUUCCAAGGACUGUGACCUUCGGCUGCAGCGAAUCCACUUCUAUCUUUAGAACACCUAACGCAUGACGACGACAUGCAUUAAUAUAAUCAAUAUCCUCACUGAAUUUGGGCAAUUAAUUUUCAUUCAAUGCCUUCAAGGUUUACCUUCAAUACUUUGCAAUGCCUUCUUAACUUUCUUCUUGCAGCCAUCGCAACAGUUUACAGACACCGUCAGUUCAAUCUUCUGAAAUCAUUUAGUUGAAGGAUUAGCUGACAUAAAGAUAAAAGCAAAAAAAAAAAAAAAAGGAACAAAACAGAGGUGAAGUAGAAGAGCUGGGAAAGAAUUCAGGCACCUCCAACUCUGAUUCUUUUGCCAUGGUCCAGGACUGGUCAGUCGUCUGAAACAGGCAAAAGGGCUGGAUUCUUAGAAGUAGAAAGAAGAGGCAGUGAA